AUGCGCAGAGUUGCGCGGCAGGGCUUGGAUGCGUGGGGGCCACAGCAGCAAACACGCACCAUCUCGAAGAAGGCGAAGGAGGCAGAGCGCAACAUAGUCGUCAAACUGCUCCAGGACGUCCCGCGCUUUGGGCGAGCAGGCUCGUAUGUGCCCCUCAACCCAGCACAGAUGCGCAAUCGCUGGUUUCCUGCCCGCAUUGCAGACUACGUGCCCUUCACCCAGAUGAAGCAGAUGAAGGCUCAGGAGGUGCUCAUAGCAAGAGAUUUCACAUUCGGCGUAAAGGUCAACCUGGAGGAGGUCGAUGAAGAUGACCAGGUCUUUCUCGACCAGCCAAAGCGCUACGUACGGCCUAUUGAGAUUGACGUCUUGAGUCCUGAGCGAUCAAUGGCCCUCCUAAAUGCAUUCGUCCCGCCCACGAUCGACUUCUCCCGCCAGCGCAUCGAGCAAGAAAAGGAGAGGACGCGAUAUGGCGCGUCAGGUGCAGCAGAUGUCCUGACUGCAGCUGCCAUGGCAAGCAAAUCCAAGACGCCUGCAAACGCCAUAUACGGCUCAGUAUCGACCUCGGACAUCGUCGCGACCCUCAAGGCAGCGCUGGCGCACAACGACGAGGCGGCUCGUGUGAUAUUGAACGAGGCUGAUGUGAGGUUCGUCUCGGGACAUGACCAGGACGAUCCAUCGCGAGUAAAGCAGCUGGGCACCUUCACGGUUGAGAUCCAGUUACCCGGCGCGUUAGAGCCUCUGAUAAGAACCAUUCGGGUUAAAGAGAAGACGACGGCAUCGUAG